AUGAAACAUACUAAUACCACUUCUUUUGGGAGAACAAUGGAAUUUAUUAGGAAGAUAUCUGAUUAUCGGUCAAGAUAUCAGCCGUUAGAGUUGUAACUACAAAAGAACGGAGGUCUAUAAAAGCAAAUAUUUUAUGAAGAAAAUGGAAUUACUAAAGUACAUUCUACAAACAUCAGCAUUAAAGGAAUAGGUUCACUAAGGAAAGCAGCUGAUUAGACGGUAAAAAAUGAAUCAAUGAUGAAAUAAUCAUAAGUAAUGAAGAUUGAUCAUGAGGGAUUAAUUAGUGAGAUCAUAUUUUUAUAGAAUAAGGAUAGAAGAAAAACAGAAAUUGAGUAAUUUGAUGGGAACUAACAAAAGGAAAUAGAAGAAUUUUGUAGAGAAAAUCCAAUAAAGGUAAUGAUUUGCAUAACAAUGUAUUCUGAACCUUUAUCAGAACUGUAAAAAUCUUUAUAGGGAAUACAAGAAAGUCUUUAAGAGUUUUAUGAAAAUGAUAUAUUGCCACAGUAAAUUGUAGUAGUCGUGAUUUACGAUGGGAUUGAAAAUAUAAGAAAUUAAGCAGAUGAAAAUAAUAAUAACCAAGAAGGUGACAUUAUACCCUACUUUUGUUAAUAUUUGGACAAAUAAAACAAUAUAGAAGUGAAUUAAACAUUGGAAUAUUAAUAUUUGAGAUACAAGUUCAAAAAAGAACUAAUUUAAAAAUACUCUUUGGAGUAAAGAAAAUUAUUUUAAGAGAAACCAGAUUAAUUAAAAUCUAUAUAUCAAGAUAAAUAUUUAAGAAAUGAAAUCAAACAAUAAUAAUAAAAUGAAAAUGAUCUUUAAGCUAUAAUAAAAAUUAUGGAGGAGCAGCAUAGGAAGGCGGUGGAAUAUGUUAAAUUAAGAUAAGAUAAUGCUUUGGUUUAUCAAAAUGUUUAAAAAAUAAAGCUUCCAAAUAAAGAUGAAGAAUAAAUGCCCAUCUUUCAUGUUUUUAAAUUUGCUAAUGGAACUAAAUUGUCUUCACAUUUAUGGUUUUUUAAAGGGUUUUGUCAUGAAUUUAAGCCAGAAUAUUGUGUUUUGAUGGACUGUGGAGCCAGACCAUAGAAAGGGUCCGUAUACAAUUUGGUAAAGGAACUAAUCGAUAAUGAUCAAGUAGGAGGUGCAUGUGGAAAAAUGACGAUUGAGUUAUCUAAAACAGGCAAUUAAAAGGAUGAAUAUAUGGACAUUCUAACUGAACUGUUAAGUGUGAACAUUUUCAAUAUCGAAAGAUGUUAAAAAUGUGAGUAUGAUAUUGGCAAUUUAUUGGAUAAGUAAUUUGAGUCAGCAUUGAACUUUAUUUAAGUUCUACCUGGAGCAUAUUCAGCCUAUAGAUACAAAGCUUUUUCGACUAAAUAUAAAAAGAAUACUGAACCUGAAAUUAACAAUUCCUAAUAAGUACAAGCGAAUAAUGAAUAGGAGGUUAGUUAAAAUGAAAACAUUCUCGACUAUUAUCUAAAAUCUAAAUUAGAUCAUAAUUAUGAACAUGCCACCUUAGAAGAAGCAAACAUGUUUUUAGCAGAGGAUCGAGUCUUGUGUUUAUACUUAUUUUGUAAUGGUUACUACUUAAGAUAUGUCAGGGAUGCUUUGGUUGAGGUUGACCCUCCCUAAACCAUGAUUUAACUGUUAUUGCAAAGAAGAAGAUGGAUAAAUGGAUCAUUUUUUGCUUUGAAUUAUGUAAUAAAGAAGUUCGGAGAGUUAUUGCCUAAUAGUGGUCAUUCUAGAACCGAUCAAUAUCUAUUCAUAAUUUGUUUGGUAUUUGCCAGAAUUUCAUAAGCUAUGCAAUAUUCCAUAAUCUCGCUAUAGAUGGUUUGGUUAUACAUGAUUCUAAAUACUUUAACAGAAACUUUAGAGAAAGUCGUUGCUGCAGCAAUUAAAUAGGCAGUAAUGGGAAGUUACGGCUUCUUAAUUUUCUGUUUGAUUUACCUUUCAUUAAAUUACAAUCCAAGUAGUGUUAACAUGAUUAGCAAGAAGGAUGAAAAAGAGGAAGAAAGACAUAAAAUCAAUUCAUACUUCUUCUCAAAAUUUUAUGGGAUAUCUACAUUAUUAGGGCUAUUCAGCAUUUUCAACGCUGGAAUAACAAUUUAUUUGUUCAUAGAAGAAUUGAUAAUCAACCUAUCGCCAUUCAACUUUUUUCAAUAUCCUUAGGAUCUGCCUUCUUAUGUUUAUUUUAUCGUUUUACUCUCAAUAAUUUUAACAAUUUUACCCUUUUUAUUACAAAUUUGUAUUGAUCGGAAAUUGGUAAUCUAAAUAGCAAUAAAUUCAAUCCAUUAUGUCUACUAUAUGCCAACUUAUACUCAUUUAUUUAUCACUUACUCUUUUUGCAGAAUAGACGAUUUGACUUGGGGAACCAAAGGUUUAACAUAGGAAUUAGAGAACAAAGAUUAAAAUAAUAGAGAAUCAAAUAAAAAGUAUCAAAAGGCUAAAUUUUUGGUAAAAUGGAUUUUUUGGAAUGUUGCCUUAGUAUUAACUUUUUAUUUGCUAUUUUCUUUCAAAAUUCAAAAUAUCAUAAUUAUAAUAGUAUUAGCAUUGGGAGUGACUUUUAGUAUAUUGUAAUUAGCAAAGUUUUUUGGGUACUUUAAAUUUUGGAUUAAAUUGAUAAUAUCAAAAAAGGAAUCCAAUAAUUAAGUGCAUAAUUUCAAUGAAUAAUAAUAAAUUGUAAGGCGCAAAACUAAGAAAGAAAGAAGCAUAAAGCAAAAGGAAUAUACAAAAGCAUUGUAUUAACCUUUUCCUUAAGAUGAAGGAUAAUCUUAGACUCAAUGA